AGAGAGAGAGAGAGGGAGAGAGUUGAGAGAUACGAUUUAGAGAGAGAGAGUUUAGAUCUCUCUAAUGGCAUCAAGUUCAUCGAAGAGCAAUAUGGUAUUACCAGUAUCAGAUCCUCCAAGAGGAGACGAGAGACUCUUCAAAGGAUCUGGAAUGACUAAACGAGGUGCUUCCGCUGCAAUCUCUUACAUGUCUUGUGCUGUGCUGUUGAUACUGUUCAACAAAGCAGCUCUUUCUUCUUAUAGUUUCCCAUGUGCAAAUGUCAUCACUCUCUUCCAGAUGAUAUGCUCAUGUGCUUUUCUUUAUGCAUUAAGACGCUGGAAGCUUAUAUCUUUCAGUGUGGGUGAAUCCUUGCCUUUAGCUGAUAACUCCCCAACAUUUGUUCCAUUAAAGACGUUGAUCCGCACCUCACCUCUUGCACUGACCUAUUUGCUUUAUAUGCUAGUUACCAUGGAGUCUGUCCGAGGAGUAAAUGUGCCCAUGUACACCACCCUUAGAAGGACAACUGUGGUAUUUACAAUGCUUGUUGAGUAUGUUCUGGCAGGGCAGAAGUACACCUCGUCUGUUGUUGGAAGUGUGGCAUUGAUCGUUAUUGGUGCAUUUAUUGCUGGGGCUCGAGACUUGUCAUUUGAUUCCUAUGGCUAUGCUGUUGUUUUUAUGGCCAACAUCACUACAGCAAUAUAUCUCGCAACCAUAGCCCGUAUUGGAAAAUCUAGUGGCCUCAAUAGCUUUGGUCUCAUGUGGUGCAAUGGAAUAUUAUGUGGGCCAUUCUUAUUGUUCUGGACAUUUAUUCGGGGUGACUUGGAGAUGACAUUGAAUUUUCCAUAUCUGUUUUCUCCUGGCUUUCUGGCUGUGUUGCUUCUAUCCUGCAUAUUGGCUUUCUUCUUGAAUUACAGUAUAUUCCUAAACACAACUCUUAAUUCAGCACUCACGCAGACAAUUUGUGGCAAUUUGAAGGAUCUUUUCACCAUUGGACUUGGCUGGAUGGUGUUUGGUGGGCUUCCAUUUGACUUCUUUAAUGUUGUUGGGCAAUUGCUUGGUUUUGUUGGAUCGGGUCUGUAUGCCUACUAUAAGCUCAUAGGGAAGUAACUGCAGUCUGCUGGAAGGCUAGUCUUUCAUGCAAUGGCGGUAAUAGGUUUGUUGGCUUCAUGUGGAAUCCACAAUUUUGAUUCGAUCAUCAUGGUGUUUUUGAAGGAGAUAUACUGGCAUUGAAAUAUCAUAAUUUUUGAAGAGAAUCAAGACAUGCUUUUGCUUGAUCUGAGUGUUGUAAGCAGAUUAGGUAUCCCUUACAUGUUGUAAUUGAUAAUUGAUAUUCUUUUUACUCUAGUUGCAAAAACAUCAACUUAUUAGCUGAAAAUUUGGAUGGAAAAACAAAACAUGCUCUAAAUAUUGAGACUAAAAUUUGUAGCAACUCUUCCCUAGUUUGCUACCUCACUUUGGUGCUCAUGCAUUAACUGUAGUUUUAUUUUAUGUUUCUAUGAACUUGAUUACACUA